CCCUCUCCAAAGGUCGAGUCGUCUCUCUUUUCUUCUCGUUGUAUAAAGGGUUGGGGAGGUUCAGGUUUGUGACUUGUGAGACACAGAGAGCAGAUUGAUUACACCAUGUCUGACUCGAUCAAAGCAGCAUGGAGAAACUAUCUCCUUCAACUCCAACUCCACCCUCUCAGAACUAAGGCAAUUACAGCUGGGGUUUUAGUUGGAUGCAGCGAUGUAAUCGCUCAGAAGAUUUCUGGGAUCAAAAGGCUUCAAUUGAGAAGACUGAUUCUUAUGAUGCUAUAUGGGUUUGCGUAUUCUGGGCCAUUUGGGCACUUCCUCCACAAAUUGAUGGAUAUUAUUUUUAGGGGAAAGAAGGACAAUACAACAGUUGCUAAAAAGGUGGUGUUGGAACAAUUGACUUCUUCUCCCUGGAACAACAUGUUUUUCAUGAUGUACUAUGGCUUGGUAGUAGAAGGAAGAGGAUGGGGGUUAGUGAGGAACAAAGUUCGGAAAGACUACCCUUCUGUACAAUUGACUGCAUGGAAGUUUUGGCCUAUUGUUGGUUGGGUAAACUACCAGUAUAUGCCUCUACAGUUCCGGGUUGUUUUCCACAGCUUUGUUGCCUCAUGCUGGGCUAUCUUUCUGAAUCUGAAAGCAAGAUCUGUUGUCAUUAAGAAGGCCUAAAAUGGAGGAAUUUUUUCUUUUUCUUUUCUUUUCUUUUCUUUUCUCUUCUCUCUUCAUAGACUCCACUUUUUCCCUAUCUUUAUAUUUGUACUCAAAACUACAAUAUCACUCCUUUGAAACCAUUUUCCUCUAUAAGUUAUGAUGGGCUUGCAUUGUUGGUAUUA